AUGUCUUCAACAAUUCUAUCGACGCUUCGUGGAUUGGAUGAUGAUAAUGAGAAGGAACUGAAGUCUUACUUCGAUGAUAUUAUGAGCAGAGCACCAGCAGAUGAUCAUGAAUAUCUAGGCGAGAUUGUGAAUGCACUUAUUCAGAUAAGUUCGAAGUGUAUCCAUAUUAUUGAUCAUCCAUUCUUCAUUCGUAUUCGAAAUAAAUUUAUUGAUAAUCUUGAAAAGUCCGCUGAUAAUUUUACUCUAUCAUGUCGCAUCGGUGAAUUAUUCUCUCAACUAACAAAUCAUACUAACGAUAAAAAUAUCCAACUUGUUCGUGAGUUCUUUGCGGAUUCGAAUCUCACUGAAUGUUUAAUUGAAUCUCUCACUAAUCUCUCGCCCACAGCCAAUGAUCAUCUAAUUGGUAGUAUUGAACAUAUGAUUGAUGCAUAUCAAAAAUUUCAAGACGAUCGUCCAACUAUUCAAGAUGAUCCAGUUCUUUCAACAUUGAUCAUGCCUAUUGUCAACUUUUUCAAAUCAAAUGAAUAUAAAAAUUCAUUUUUUCAAUUAUCAGCUAAACAAGAUCAAUUGACAUCUUUUCAAAAACUCAUUCUUGUGACAUGUCCAACAUAUAUUAAAGCCUAUUGGGGGCAACUUCAAGAAGAAAUUUUCUCUGCAAUAGCACAAGUCACAUUGACUCGUUCGUCUGAAAUCUUCGAACAUUUUUUACCAUCAAUUGAUAAUUGGCAAGAGCCAGUCAUCUGGUCUAUCUAUUCACUGAUUUUACUUUGUCAAAGAUGUGGUAAUGAAAAUCUUCUACCAGCUUACGAUUUACAACAUAAAAAAAUUCUUGAUUAUGUACUGAAUAUUGUUCAAGGAAAAGAAUUAUGGGAUGUUGCGAAUCAAGAUUCAACUUCAGACAAGCGUCAAUAUCGAGUGAAUCGACUUUUUUGCUAUAGUACUCUUUACAUAUAUACUACAACAUUCUUACCAGAACUUCGUGAUAAACUAAAAGAAAAUAAUAUUACACCACUUCUGAUCAGACUUACUAAAGCGAAGUAUGAUAAAACUCAAUUUCAUGCUUAUCGAACAUUAGCCGCUGUUCUUACUGAUAAUGAUAUUAAACAAUUGGCGAAUCCAGCUCAAAUUAUCACUGUAUUCAUUACUUAUAUGAAAAAAACGAUUGAUGUCAUCGUACUAAGACAACGGUUAGAAAAUUUACUUCUCACUUUGAAAAUUCUCAUUCAACAUGAUCAAAUUCGAGGGGAAUUUGCCAGGCAAACGGAUGGUUUACCUCUUCUCUUGCGAUGUGCCACUGAAUUUCAAUUUGAAGGUACAAAAAUACAAUUACGUUCACUGAACAUUCUCAUGUCACUCACUUUUAACAAUGAAAUCAAGGUUUUACUUGAGAAUAAUAGCACUUUUAUUCAGUAUCUACGAACACUGGUCACUUCUUCGAAAUCGCCUGAAUUACAAAAAAUUGUCGAUGGUAUUUUAUGGCGAUUAUUUUCAAAAUAUGAAACAACUGAAACGAAAUUUCAAUACGAUGUAAUGAUAUCAUAUUCUCAUAAGGACAAAGAUCUAUGCCAUCAAAUACACAAAGCUCUCGUUGCCGAUAAUUUCCGCGUAUGGAUCGAUCUUGAACGAAUGCAUGGUAUCAUGAUGCAAGCAAUGGCUGAAGCAAUUGAACAAUCUCGUUAUAUUCUCAUCUGUAUGAGUGAUAGUUAUGCUGUCAGUCCUUAUUGUCAAGCUGAAGCACAGUAUGCAUUUGAAAAGCGACGUAUCUUGAUUCCAUUGCGAGUUCAAAUAGGUUAUAAACCACAAGGUUGGCUAGCCUUUACAAUAUCUGGUCGAAUGUAUGUGGAUUUUAUCAAAUUGAAUUUCGAGACUGCUUAUGCUCAACUUAUGUCACAAUUUCAUCAAAAUCCAGUUGAUGAAAAAGAUGUUGCACCAAGAUUAUCACAACCAAACACCACUGUUCUAAUAAUGUCUUCAACAAUUCUAUCGACGCUUCGUGGAUUGGAUGGUGAUAAUGAGAAGGAGCUGAAGUCUUACUUCGAUGAUAUUAUGAGCAGAGCACCAGCAGAUGAUCAUGAAUAUCUAGGCGAGAUUGUGAAUACACUUAUUCAGAUAAGUUCGAAGUGUAUCAAUAUUAUUGACCAUCCAUUCUUUAUUCGUAUUCGACAUGCAUUUAUUAAUAAUCUUAAAAAAUCCGCUGAUAAUUUUACUCUAUCAUGUCGCAUUGGUGAAUUAUUCUCUCAAGUAACAAAUCAUACCAACGAUAAAAAUAUCCAACUUGUUCGUGAGUUCUUUGCGGAUUCGAAUCUAACUAAAUGCUUAAUUGAAUCUCUCACUAAUCUCUCGCCCACAUCCAAUGACCAUCUAAUUGGUAGUAUUGAACAUAUGAUUGAUGCAUACCAUAAAUUUCAAGACGAUCGUCCAACUAUUCAAGAUGAUCCAAUUCUUUUGACAUUGAUCAUGCCUGUUGUUAACUUUUUCAAAUCAAAUGAAUAUAAAAAUUCAUUUUUUCAAUUAUCAACUAAACAAGAUCAAUUGACAUCUUUUCAAAAACUCAUUCUUGUGACAUGUCCAACAUAUAUUAAAUCCUAUUGGGGUCAACUUCAAGAAGAGAUUUGCUCUACAAUAGCACAAGUCACAUUGACUCGUGCGUCUGAAAUCUUCGAACAUUUUUUACCAUCGAUUGAUAAUUGGCAAGAGCCAGUCAUUUGGCCUAUCUAUUCACUGAUUUUACUUUGUCAAAGAUGUGCUAAUGAACAUCUUCUAUCAGCUUACGAUUUACAACAUAAGAAAAUUCUUGAUUAUGUACUGAACAUUGUUCAAGGAAAAGAAUUAUGGGAUGUAGCGAAUCAAGAUUCAACCUCAGACAACCGUCAAUACCGAGUGAAUCAACUUUUUUGCUAUAGUACUCUUUAUAUAUAUACUACAACAUUCUUACCGGAACUUCGUGAUAAACUAAAAGAAAAUAAUAUUACACCACUUCUAAUCAGACUUACUGAAGCGAAGUAUGAUAAAAUUCAGUUUCAUGCUUAUCGAACAUUAGCCGCUGUUCUUACUGAUAAUGAUAUUAAACAAUUAGCAAAUCCAGCUCAAAUUACAACUGUUUUCAUUACUUAUUUGAAAAAAACGAUUGAUGUCAUCGUACUAAGACAACGGUUGGAAAAUUUACUUCUCAUUCUCAUUCAACAUAAUCAAAUCCGAGGGGAAUUUGCCAGGCAAACAGAUGGUUUACCUCUUCUCUUGCGAUGUGCAACUGAAUAUCAAUUUGAAGGUACAAAAAUACAAUUACGUUCACUGAACAUUCUCAUGUCACUCAGUUUUAACAGUGAAAUCAAGGUAUUACUUGAGAAAAAUAGCACUUUUAUUCAGUAUCUACGAACACUGGCCACUUCUUCGAAAUCGCCUGAAUUACAAAAAAUUGUCGAUGGUAUUUUAUGGCGAUUAUUUCCAAUAUAUAAAACAACUGAAACGAAAUUUCAAUACGAUGUAAUGAUAUCAUAUUCUCAUAGAGACAAAGAUCUAUGCCAUCAAAUACACAAAGCUCUCGUUGCCGACAAUUUCCGCGUGUGGAUCGAUCUUGAACAAAUGCAUGGUAUCAUGAUGCAAGCAAUGGCUGAAGCAAUUGAACAAUCGCGUUAUAUUCUCAUCUGUAUGAGUGAUAGUUAUUGUGUCAGUCCUUAUUGUCAAGCCGAAGCACAGUAUGCAUUUGAAAAGCAACGUAUCUUGAUUCCAUUGCGAGUUCAAAUGGGUUAUAAACCGCAAGGUUGGCUAGCCUUUACAAUAUCUGGUCGAAUGUAUGUGGAUUUUAUCAAAUUGAAUUUCGAAACUGCUUAUGCUCAACUUAUGUCACAAUUUCAUCAAAAUCCAGUUGAUGAAAAAGAUGCUGCAUCGAGAUUAUCACAACCAAACGCUGAAGAUGCCGUAGUAGAGAGAAAAGAGUGUGUCGUCUACUCUUAUCCCAAGGAUGUACUUCAAUGGACUCCAGCUAAUGUUCGUGACUUUUUACUUGAUAAGCAGCUUAAUCAAAUGGUACCAAUAUGCCAAUUCAUGGAUGGAAAAAUAUUAAUAGAUUUAUAUAAGUUAUGCUGUAAUAAUUCUCCAUUAAUGUUGCAAACGCUUCGUUCUGAAACAAAGGAAUUACAUGCUGCAUCAUUAUCGACUAAUACGUAUUUGAUGUUUCUCAAUGAAAUGAAGCAGCUAUUACCGAAAGAUGGCAGUAGUAAUAGCACAUCUCAAUCACAACUUUGUACACUGAUAUAA